CGGCGGCGGCCGGCGCGGCACUUUUUUUCCGCUCUUGCUGCUUGUUGACGACGACGCCGACGGAGCAUCGCAGUUGGUGUGGGCGGUACACCAAACUACUCGUACGAGACACCCCGGAGAGUGCUGAUUUCGUUUCCACUCAGACAGGAUCAGUUUCUGCGCUCGGCGGUUGGUUCUCCGUGCGCCCGAUGCACUUGCCGUAUCCGGCGGGAAAAGAGCUACGGCCGUAAUAGUUUAGUGUAGGGAGCGAGGUCUACCGAGCGAGUGAGUACCCGUAUCAGCAGCAGCACAACAAGCAGCAUGUCUACGACACCGGACCUGUUGCCGGCCGAAGCGCCGGCACCCAGGCUCUGCCACCUGAUCAAGAUCCCCACGUUCGACGGAUACGGCUUCAACCUGCACGCCGAGAAGUCGCGGCCGGGUCAGUUUAUCGGAAAAGUGGACAGCGGCAGUCCAGCCGAGCUGGCCGGCAUGCUCGAAGGGGACCGCAUCGUCGAGGUGAACGGCGUAAACAUCGCCAGCGAGAGCCACAAGCAGGUCGUCGAGCGAAUCCGAGCCGUGCCGAACGAAACGCGCCUGCUCGUGGUGGAUAGCGCGACGGAUGCGUGGUACACCGAGCACAAGCUCGUACCCCGCUCUACGCAGGAUAAUGUGCACUACAUUCGGACUCCCACCACCGGUGACGAUGACGUCGUAGACGGCGAGCUGCAGCCGCCGGCCAACGGACACCACACUGCCCCAGAGACGGUCGCCGUUGAGCAGCAGAGUGCAUCGCUUCCGUCUGCAAAGGAUGAACCAGAGGAACCCAAGAAGGCGACCGCCGACGGUGACGCGGCGGCGGAAGCCGAUCUGCCCGACGACGCCCCGCAGCCGCGGCUCUGCCACAUGACCAAGUGGCGCGACUUCGAGGGCUACGGCUUCAACCUGCACGCCGAGAAGGACCGGCGCGGCCAGUACGUGGGCAAGAUCGACGAAGGCAGCCCCGCCGAGCACGCGGGCCUCCGCGAGGGCGACCGCAUCGUCGAGGUGAACGGCGUCAACGUCCAGCAGGAGGCGCAUCGCGACAUCGUCGAGCGCAUCCGCGCCGUGCCCGACGAGACCCGGCUGCUUGUGCUCACGGCAGAGGGCGAGCAGUGGUACCGCGACCGGGACAUCCAGGUACAUGGCAACCAAGCCAACGUGCUGCGGCUCCGCAACCCCGAGCUCAACCCUGCUACCAGUGGAGGUGACGGAACCAUGGCUGCCGCAGCCGAUGGUAGCGAGUGUUCCCAGGAGGACGAGGCAGCACAGUCGGCUCCCACACCAGUUCUGAGGCGGCAGAGUGGCUUGGAAGGAAAGGAGGACACAGAAGAGGAGGAAAGCCGAUCCUCAGAGCCUGAACCUGUGCCAGCAAAAACAGAGGUUUCCGCAAGAGAGGAACCAAAUGGCACUGGUGACAAGGCAACGGAAAACCUGGUCACGGGGACGAGUCAAGUGGACUCAAGCUCGGAAGCCAAGCCCGCGCCAGCAACAGAGCCCACACCGUCCGAGCCGGCCAACGCCACGAGCAACGGCUCUCUCAACAUGCUCAACAUGAGCGCCUCCGAGAUGCGGCAGCUUCUAGCGCAGCGCAAGAAGCACGAUCCCAAGAAGAUCCAGAUGGACCUGAAGAAGAAAUACGAGCUCAUUGAGCAGAUGUGAGCUGGUUGUGUCUUGCGUCGAACGGCGCUAUGAGUUAGGUGUGGCUGGUUUCAGCACGCAUCUUGUGUGCCAGUGUAUUAGAUUUUUUUCUACUCUUUAUCUGGGAGCUGGAAGGGUUGUGUGCCUGGGCGAAUGUGCAAGAAAACCACGCAAAUCUGGAUUCGCUGCCGUACUUGCGCAAGGCGCUGAUGGCAUUUUUUGUUUGAUAAUGCCUAUUUCGGUCGCGUCUAGAAAGUAACACGUUAACUGAAUGACGAGUGUUUGUGUGUUUGGGAAUUCGGCAGCAUUGGUCUGCCAAAUUGGUGCUGUCAUUAAGAAGUUAUUGACGAGAGAACCGCUUGUAUCAGUAAUUGGCUUCACUUGUUUACACUGUCAAGCUAUUGUGGAACUUGACAAGAAUUUCUGAUGACAGUGUUGUUAAGAUAUGAGUUCAGGUUGAACAUCAGUUGUCUCAUUGUCUAAAUGACUGUGUUGACAACGGUGUGUUUAACUCAUUAAUCAUGCUGUAAUUAGUUGCAAGUACUGAUAGCUAAUCUAUCACCGGUGAAUGCCUCGAAUAAAAUGACCAAAUUCAGUGUUUGUGAUGUAAAACGGCUAUGGCCACUCAAUUUCUGUGCAAUAUCUUUACCACGAGCAUCAGAUGUUAAGUGUGGUCUAUUGACUCCCAUAUGGCGGCUGAAAGGAUGCAAUAAGAAACAAUUUACAUAUUUUCUUUUUAAUGUCAUUGCUUGUAAGGUUGAUGUAAUGCACACUAUCAAUCACAGCAAUCAAAUAUGGCCUCUUUAAUAAGGCUUUCAAGAGAGGCAGGGUACCUCCUACAAUGAUCUAGGAUUCUUGCUUUUUCGAAGUUAGAGUAAAGCCCUGAAUGUCUUAUUCUGACAUGUGUUCUGUAACACUGCAGAACUUUUUGAAAACGAUGUGCAAAGAUGUUUGAAAGCAUUCACUAGAACAGCACUUUGUUAGCAGCAGUCCUGCAGCCUUUGAUCACUUAUUCCAGAUAGCUCUGCUAACAACAUGGGGGAGACUAAGUGUGGUUGAAAUGGUAACUGUGGCUGAAAGGAACGCUGAAUGCGCAAUUAAAAAUGAACAUAAGAGGCACAGGUAGUUUUCUGUUCUUUCCGUGAAAUGUGAUGCGCUCCUUCAUAAGACAAUUCAUUUUCUUCAUUUACUAGAUCUAUUUUAUUACAUGGCACAGCACCCUAUUUCUUGUGUAUCUCCUGUUUGAUGCUGGCUUUGGCUGGAGACUGAAAGGCUCUGCUUAGCACGGGCUUUCUGCUGGACUUUCUGGCUAAUUUAUUGUGGUCUCUUAAGAUCCUUGCCACUUAAGUCCAAUUUUUUUGCUAAUGCCCUUAGGUAUCGAUGUAAUCCUUGUGUUUAGCAGGUGUGCCCUAUUGGCGUGCUCCUUUUACUGUGUGUUGCACAUGUUUUCACAUUCCAGAUAUGUUAUACAUUAUACACAGAUGGGUUGUGAAAAUAAUUGUUGUUAAAUUGUAUGUACCAUAAAUGUCUUUUUUUUUAGUGUCUUGCUUUAAAGUUUUUAAAUGCUUCUAUAUGUAAGUUUGAAGAUUACGUCAAUCCAACUAAACUCGUGCAGGAGCAUUUUUAUGCCACAUGCAAAAUUACCUUUGUACUUAUAAGGCUGUGCUCAUAUUUGGUUUCCAUGUGCCCAAAACGUCUUGAACAUUCCAGGUUAAGUUGACGUACCGUUGGUGUCAAUAGAGUGGGGCAUGCAAGAUGCCCUAAAAACGUAGAAUUUAAGCCCAAUUUUAGGUUGCGGCCAGUGAUAUUGUAUAACACUUUGUCGUUAACAUCUGUUACUACCCAGCAAGGUUGAACUCACGAUUGUGCAUCUGGGUUUUGAACACCUUCUGCACUGUUGUAGGAUGCUGUGGCCUACAGAACUUUUGACAAAUUUGCCGCUUGGGUGACAUUGCGUGCAUUCUCUAUUCUGCCCAUUGUCACUGUGAUGGAUGUCUGAAACUUCACAACAGGACCUUCAAAUGUUUUGAUAUACAAGCUGGUUUAGAACACUAAGGGGUUUUAUGAUUUCGAUUGCAAGUAAUUAAUGGCACGGAAGGUGAUAGUGAUGCUUGGAAUAUAAAAAAAAAAUCUUGUGCCUUAAAAGAUCUUUUAUGGAAUUUUGAUGCCAGUGCACUUAGCUGUGAACAUGUGCCUUUGUAUGAAGCCAACUGUAGUGUCAUCACAAGGUCUAAUAACCAACACAGAAUUUUGAAAACUAUAUGGUCGGGCAUAAAAGUUGUGUGUGGGUUAGUACACAUCUUCGAUCUUGAGGUGCAUUAUUUCAGACAUUGCAUUUAUGUCUGCUGCGUGGGAGAGGAUUGACACUCGCGCAAGGUAAUGCCGAGAGAAAAACCCUAUUCGGAUUCGAGGCUGUCCACUGUAGUUCGUUUGAAUCUGAAAUCAAAAUGUUACCGCGAUUCAUGUUCUUUGACAGGAGGCCUAUAUGGCAAGUGUUAAUCAGCAAUGUUGAUAAUUGUGUGCAUAAUGCCGUCAAUGCUGGAAUACUGCAUUGGAUGUUUUUCUUUCGUAUUUAUGCACUCUGCAGGUGCAUAAUGUUUAUGCAUGAUGUAUUGCAUCACAACCAACAGCAGUUAUAGUGUACGCAACUGCUUGAUUCAAGCAGUGUGAUGACCAUUUUCAUUUUUCUAGUUUUUCUGCGAGAGCAUGGAUGUCGCAUGGAUGCGUGGUUGUUGCACACCUUGAACGUUGUGUGUCUACAAGAAUAUGAUCAAAGCUGAACAAUAUUUACAGACUACCUUUCUUUCUUUCUGCAAUGUGUAACCGGACCAAGUACUUUGCGCAUGUUUGUUUUAUCGGUAGCAGCAUUGAAGCUGUGGACCUGAUUUUCUUAAGUAUUUUUCCUGAUUCUAGGCCCAAUUCACCUGUAACAUUUUUUAUGCCUGAUGCCGGAUUUUGGGACUGUUCUAUCGUUUUUUUUUUUACCAAAGCCUUUUUUGGACAUUAUUUUUUCGUUGACCUUAUUUUUUUACGCUAUGGCCGCUUCUGCAAGUGCUUUAUAUGGCUUCCCGCCAAUAUUCCGUUUCAUCACUCUGACAGAAGGGUUUUUGUUGUAUUUUUAGGCGUGUGCAUGUGUUUGAGUGUACUGAAACAGUGACUUGAUUUCGUCUUGAAACUGCGUGUCGCACUCUGCUGUUAAGCCACUUCAUUGCGAUGCAAAGACGAGUGUUACUUGGAGUUUGAUUUAAUUUUGUUUAAUAUGUGUUUAUACUAUAAAAACUUUGUGAGAGCUGUUGAUUAGAAUGCCUUGUUGUUCCGAUGCCGAUACUUCUGUCAGCUCAGCAACAUGCUAAUUCAAACACAUCCUGUAUUCGCUUCAAGGUUGCGUCCUUUUUUUUGCUGUCGCAAGGUGCCCAGAGUAUUUUUGGGGCUUGGUAAUGCACUGUUUUUAAGCACUCUUCUCUCCAUAAGUGCCUGAACAAAGUUUACGGUAUCUCGAUGCAAAGAUUUAUCUUCUCUCUGUUGGUCUUUCACCAAGUGCCUUUAGCUAAUCCCGAAUCCCAUUGACGUCUUGUCGCUGACAGUGAAAUGGAAGACUUAAUUUUGCUGGCGGUGUCUUCUCAAGUACCAGCAAUAAAAGUUUUGUCGAA